AUGCUCAUAGUUCUGGUGGUUUUGGUUGUAUCCACAGCUCAUAUCAAUUUGGCGUUCUUUCUUGAAGAGGAGGACACAGAAAACGAAAAGACCUACCAGAGGUUCAUUUACUUUCCUGAUGGUGAUGGCAACUUAGUGAAAGUUGAUUUGGAAGCCGAGCCAGAACAUGAACUCCUGCGGGAAUGCGAAAAAGAUCCCCAUGUUGGGAACCUGUACCUGCUUUAUACUUGUAAUAACAAUAAAACAGCCCAGAUAUUAGUCAUGAAUAAUGCAUCUUCGAUCAAAAAAUCGAACUACAACCCAUCUGUUCCUUCCGUGGUGAUCGUUCAUGGAUACAUUACCAACAGGAAUUCUAUGAUCAACAUGGUACUCAGAGACGCGUUUCUGGGACGGAGCGAUGUCAACGUUAUCGUCUUGGACUGGAGUCGCUAUACAUAUUCUUUAUACACCACCGCAGUCCGAGCCAUCCCAUUCCUUGGUCGUGGCUUGGCAUAUUUCCUCAGAUUCCUCAUCAGCACCACUGGUGGAAGCCUGAACAACGUCCAUCUGGUUGGAUUCAGUCUUGGUGCUCACUUGGUGGGUAAUGCUGGCAGGGAGCUGUAUGGAGAAAUAGCCCGAAUCACAGCGCUUGACCCAGCUGGACCUCUAUGGACCAAAAACGCGCAAAGGAUUAACCGUUACGAUGCUGUGUACGUCGAAGCUAUCCACACUUGCGGUGGCAGCACUGGCCUAGGCCUAGGCCUGCCUAUCGCUCAGGCUGACUUCUUCCCCAAUGGUGGCGUCUCACAGCCUGGUUGCCAUGACCCUGUUUGUGACCAUACCCGAGCUUGGCAGCUGUUUGCCGCAACUGUCACUUACGACCAUUUGACUGCCAACCGUUGCAAAUGUCGUAGUCAAAUACAUACUAACAAGUGCUGUGGUACUACAAUGAAAAUGGGAAAUGAUGAUCUUACCAAGCACGGAGUUGGUUACUACCGCGUAGACACAGCAAUGAGUUAUCCAUACAAUGAAACGUAUUAACUUACUUCACAUUAAUCUUCCAAAAAAA